AUUGCUUCAGGACCUCAAAAAAAAAUAUAUAUAUUGUUUUCUUUCCAACAUUAUUAUGAAAGAACAGAUGAUGCACAUCAAUUUGUGAUUUUGCUGCGUAGCUUGCCUCAUCUUCCCUCACUUUGGAUUUGCCUACUCCAGUUUCAUUUCCAAUGGUGUGUUUGAUGGUGAUCGAUUCACCAGAGGAGGCCCUAAUCGGGACUUGCUUCAAUUGAAAAAAGCCUGCAAUGUGAGCUUUCAAGAUAUGGACUACACUAUCUUGACGACGCAAUGCAAAGGGCCAUUGUACCCGAAAGACCAAUGUUGUAAUGCACUGAAGCUGUUUGCUUGCCCUUAUACCAACGAGAUCAACGAUGCCAGCACGAACUGUGCGCAAACCAUGUUCAGUUACAUAAACCUCUAUGGCAAGUACCCUGCAGGUCUCUUUGCCAAUACUUUCAAGGAAGGCAACCACGGUCUCGAUUGCGAAGCCAGGCGCAAAAACAAUGCAGUUCCCGCCAACAACCAUUUCUUCCUAUUGCCCCUUGUGCUUGAGAUAUUCACCAUUGCAUCGUUCUUAUGACUUGAGUGGUUUUGAAGUCAAAAUCUGAAAGAACAAAAUUGAUAUGCACUAGCUUCAUUUCACAGAUUUUGGAUAUUGG